AUGAUUGUUUGCGGGCUCGACAAUUAUAUACCAGAAGCCAAAGAAGGUCAGAGACCGACAACUGCCUUCACGAAGAUGUACUUGAAGCUGCAAGGAUUAAAGAGAGAUGGAGAACAUCCGAGGUGUCUUGACAGGGACAAUCGACGGUGUCGCCUGUCCAGCCACCUCCUGAGGACAGGACGUUCCCAUCGGAUCUGCGCACCAGCUUUCAAAUUAGAAAAAGAAUCAUCAAAAUCGGUUCACUCCGCCGAAAGUUCUGAGGAUACAGCUUUAAUAGUUUACUUAGUAAAUCUUCACUUCUGGAAUAUCUGCGAGUUGCUG